AUGGACGAGCCAAUCACAUAUAAACCCGCUAACAAGAAGUACGUCAUUGUUGACGUCCUCAGCAAAAAACAACUGAUGAUAGCAUCCAAGGAGUGGAUAGUAGGCAAGGAACUUUGCGCUUUUCCGAACGAGCUGGUCGAUAUACACCUUCAGAAGUGCGACCAACCGAAUGAAAAUUGGUCACUUAUGAAAUGUAAAGUUAUUCACGAAUUAGAUUCUCUGCAGUCUGCCAAAGAUCUGUUACUUUCCAUACAAAUACUGCAAUCUCACCGGGAAAACACUUCAACGGAUGAAAACACUCUGCCACAUAACACUGAGAAGCACAAGAGAGCUGCCAUGAAGCGUAAACAAGAAUAUCUUUACAAUUCAGUAGACAUGGAUGUUGCUGAAAUGCAGGUUGGCAAUAGUCAUGUUCAAUAUCCCCAAUUCAGGUUGUUUGACAAAUUAGUUUCGCCUAUUGCUAAAGACAUCCCCGUCUACAUCGGCAUCAAAGCGUGUCCAUGGUGCUUCAGCAGACCAGUAAGUCACCUGCAUCAUCAAGUGGACUUUUUCAGGUUAGGUAGGUUGCAUGCAAUGGUGCAAAACAUUUCGUCAACUAUGAAUGAAUUCAGUCAAACGUUGCAGAAUAUGUCAACAGCCAUUUCGGAUUUGAGUAUUAAUGUAAAACAAUUGCUUUCAAAGUCUAAUGAGCGCGAAAGACCGCAUCAAUUCGAUUGCCGACUGUCGAGUCAGCAGUUCCCUUUGUCAUCUGAAGAGGAACUACAGAUGCUGGAUACUGGUUUGUCGUAGAAAGAAACCAGGGACAGAUUUUUAAGUCAUUAACAUGAAUUUAAUAAUUUGUUACUAUUGCAGAUGGCAAUAGUCACUAGGUUAUCA